GGCGGGGAUGCCGCUGAAGAACUACAGCGGCAGAGGGGCGGGCGAAGCGGGGCCGGAGCAGGAAGCGUGGGCGCCGCGCAGGGUGCCGGCUUGGAGCUUGCGGGCUCCCCGGUGCUCUUUGCUGGCCAGGAUGCGCCCGUCUCUGGCGGUGGGGCUGGUCUUCGCGGGAUGCUGCAGCAACGUGGUUUUCCUGGAGCUGCUGAUCCGGGAAUUUCCAGGAAGCGGGAAUUUGAUCACGUUUUCCCAGUUCUUCUUCAUAGCUUUGGAAGGUUUCGUCUUUGAAGCAAACUUUGGAAGGAAACAGCCCACAAUUCCCAUCAGGUUCUACCUCAUUAUGGUGGGCAUGUUUUUCACAGUCAGUGUGGUGAAUAACUAUGCCCUCAACCUGAACAUCGCGAUGCCCCUGCAUAUGAUAUUUAGAUCGGGCUCUUUGAUAGCCAGCAUGGCACUAGGGAUUAUCAUUCUGAAGAAAAGGUACACUGUCUCCAAAUACAUCUCUAUCACUUUGGUCUCUCUGGGCAUUUUCACCUGUACUCUCAUGUCAGCCAAAGAACUGGUAAGUCCCGUUUUUCUGUUCAGUUAGGAUGAACCAAGAUCUUUUCAUAUAUAUGCACUGCCAAAAAUAUUACAGUCCCAUGUUCCAGCCAAAAAAUUGACAUUUUCUGCAGAACAUAACAAACCACGGAACAUAACAAGCUUAUUUGUUAUUGUGAUGACCCAGGGCGUGGCACAAAAAUAACAAAG